GGUUGGAACAUUGGACAUCCUCCUGGGUGUGUCAGAUGACCUCUCCAAACUGGACACUCAAGCUGAGAGAGUAAUGCAGAGGACAGCUCAGUGCAUGGCGGAGGUGAUGGAGCAGGCCAGUGAUAAAGUGGUGGAGAAUGCCCUGGCUAACGGCGUGGAUCUGGUCAGUUAUGUGACAAAGUUCCAGUGGGACAGAGCCAAGUACUCCACUGCACUGCCUUUUAAGAGCCUGGCAGACAUCAUAGCCAAGGAAGGUCUAUGAGGAGGGCGAGGAAGCCAUUUUCACUGUUACCCUUUUCAAGAAGGACAGGUGGAGCUUCAGAAGCGGGAGAUGAGCCGUCUUCUUGUGGACAAGAAGGAGCAGUAUGGAACCUUUGUGCGUUGGCUCAAGGUGAACUUCAGUGAAGUGUUUGUGGCCUGGAUCCACCUGAAAGUCCUGGAGGUGUUUGUGGAAUCUGUUCUCAGGUAUGGGCUGCCGGUGAGUUUUCAGGCAUUGCUGCUGCAGCCAGAUAAGAAGCGUACAAAGAAAUUGAGGGAGCAGCUGAGUUCUCUGUUUGGACACUUGGACCCUACAGCUUCUGCCAUGAUCUCCAGCAAGCCUGAAGUGGCCCUUGACGUGCCAGGAUUGAGCGCUGUGUCUCCGCAGGACUACUACUUCUACAUCUGUGUCCAGAUCAGUGUCACGCUUCUGGAUCCUAGCUAGUAGCCAAUGAGGAGUGGGCCCCAAUCCCAAAUUAACCAUUUCCCUAGGUCCCUGUUGACUUCAAAGCCUAAAUAAGUAUUAACAAUAUGGUGAGCCUCUACCCUGCCACCAGAGGGUUAGGAUUGAGAGAUUAUCAUAUUGCUAAUACAUAUCUAGUCCUUUCAGUUGGAUGAAGGGAAGUCAAAAGGCUCUAGGGUUAGGAAGGAGGGAUUGGUUUGGGUUUGGGUUGUCAACGCAUCCUGAACUCCCCGUGGACUAGAAUAAAGCCUGUAAAAAUACCAAAACCCAUUAAAUAAGUGGUUGAUUCUAGCAAAGAUUUUUUAAAGACAUAGAUAUGAAUAAUAUCAAGGUAGCCAGGAAUUAAAAUUUCAGAUACACUUCUUCAGCUUUGAUGAUCUUCAAUGACUACAAGCAAGCAACCUUUUUCAGAUGUUGAGAAUGCAUUUCUAGACAUGAUCUACAGACCAAAGAAAAUCUAUGUAUUGCUGAUCCUUGAUUUGGCCCCACUUGGCCUACAUGGUAUUAUGUGACCAUAUGAAUGUAUACACAAUAUAUUGAAGGUCGGGACCAAUGAUAUACAACAGAAAAUACAUCCAUGUUCACCCUAAAAGUGUGGACUAAGCUACCAAGUCAACAGCAACAGUUCUAUUUCUUGCGUCCAAUCCGAAAUCCACCCACUUCUGGACUCGAUCUGAGAGGAUUGGUAUGAAGCUAAAUCCUCAUGACACCAAUUAUCUUGUGUGUAUAUCAAUUAAGGAUGUGAUUAUUACUUAUUGCUGAUACAUGACUGUGGAUCAGUGAUGUUGUGAUACUGAUCUUUUUCCCUCACAGAAACUAUCACAGUAAUGUCACAUUUCUACCCUU